CACCCUACUACACUUCCCUGUUGUGAGGUUGGUGUGCAGACGGUGGAGCUGAAGCAAGUUGGCCACCAUGCAGGUGCUCCUCCAGUACAGGAAGCUUGUCCUGGCUCUCACCUUCAUCCUGAUUUUGGGUUCUUCAGUUCAAGGUUCUCCCGUGCGGAGAGCCAGAUACCAGUGGGUACGUUGCAAUCCUGACAGCAAUUCUGCAAACUGCAUUGAUGAAAAGGGACCAGAGUUCGAUCUACUUCCAGGUGAAUCCAACAGAAUCCUAUCUCCAAGGACUGACCCUUUAUCAAUGAUGAAAUCCAGGAAUUUGAAUGAUGUCUUCCCUCUUUCUGAGGACUUUUCAGGAUCAGGUUCUGGAAGUGGCUCUGGAAGUGUCUUCCUACGUGAUAUUGAACAGGAAUACCAACCAGUAGAAGAAAACGACGCUUUUUAUUACGACUUUAGGUCUCUGGAGAGAAAUUUGCCCUCAGACAACCAUGACUUGGGUCAGCAUGGACCAGAAGAGGAUUUUACUAUAUAAAAAGAGAGGGUUUCCCACCUUGAUGCCAGGCAAUGUAUUUGUGUACCAUGCUUAAAUGAUUAAUUUGAGGACAAAAAGCUUUAUAGAAAAUUUAAAACAUCUGAAAAGGAAGUUGAAGUUUUAUUAUCUUUUUUUUUCUCACGAAUUCUUAAAGCCUCCUUUUUCUAUUCUAAUGUCCUGGAAAAUAC